CGUAAAUUUAAAACAAGCUAAUGAAUUUAUAUAAUACAUGAAUUUUAAAAAAUCUAUCCAAAUGUACCGCCCAUUUCUCUACCCGGGUCAUACCUACACAAGAUGAAUUGAACCCUAGCUGGCCGUCAAACGUCUCAACCACCACACCUCGAAGGCUCCCCACACGGCGUCGCAACCAGAGAAAAUAUGGCCGUCCCAUUGCUUAAUAAGAAGAUUGUGAAGAAGCGCGUGAAGAAGUUUAAGAGGCCUCAGAGUGACCGCUAUGUCUCUGUUAAGGAAAAUUGGCGCAGGCCCAAGGGUAUUGAUUCCCGAGUGAGGAGAAAGUUUAAGGGAAGUACUCUUAUGCCCAACAUUGGCUAUGGAUCAGACCAGAAGACCCGCUAUUAUCUGCCCAAUGGGUUCAAGAAAUUUGUUGUUCACAACGUUCAAGAGCUGGAACUGUUGAUGAUGCACAACAGGACUUACUGUGCGGAGAUUGCACAUGAUGUCUCUACAAGGAAACGAAAGGAAAUUGUCGAGCGUGCAGCGCAACUGGAUGUUGCUGUCACCAACAAGUUAGCAAGGUUGCGUAGCCAAGAAGAUGAGUAAGCCCCCCCCUCCCACCCAAAAAUAACAUGUUAGAUGUUAUUCCAAACAUUAUUCACUAGUUAUUUGAUUAUAGAAGAACGUUGAGAACACUCUGCCAAGUUUUGUUCGAUUAAUUUUCAAUGUAAAACAGCAUUCCUGUUCAUGUCUUUUGUUAAGUUUCUUGUAGAAGCCAGGCCUCUAGGUUUGCUUUAUCCUAGGUCAUAUAGCUCAAACCCCUUCAUGCUCAAACAGAUGAUCUCGGUGCACGGAUGGUGCCCUAAGGCACACUAAUGUUCUUAA